AGAGACGACUGAGGCCAAAGCAGCUGAAACAUACAGCUCGCAACGAAGUUGACGCGUGAAGAUUUCCCAUCUGGCCCUUCGGCAUAUCUGUGGCUCGGGGGCUCGUCAGCCAGUCAGCAUCACUAUCACUUGGCCUUAUGCAAAGCUAUACUCUAUCGGGAAAUCGCUCAUGGAAUAUGUCUUGCCUAUGCGACGCGAGUACGGACGACACGCGCUAUUGCGCUAUAGUAACGAUUUCGAUUUGCUAUGCUCGGCGCUAGAUCGCAGCACGCCCAGCGACUACUGCAGCACGAUGGGCGGUAUGUUGUGCCACACGUCUGCUGCUUGAAUAUAAGAGCGGUGGUAAAUCCGCUCGACUCAAGAGAUACUACUGCAGUCCCAUUUUAUCAAUCACGAUACAAAUCAUCAACAUGAAAUGCUUCUCUGCCCUUGCUGCCGCCAGCCUUCUCGGCUUGGCCACCGCAGUCGACAUGUCAGGUUACGUCGCUGGUGAAGGUGUCGAUGCCGAGUUCAAGAACUACCUCGAUGUUCUCUAUUACGAAGCCGAACUCUCCACCGCCACAACCGGUUUCACCGACUUCUUCAUCCCCAAUGGCAAACUCAUCGUCCGCGGUAGAACUGCCACCGGUUCUGCCGAUAUCUUGGCGUUCAAGCAACAACUCAUGCCACCGAAUGGAAACAAGCACUGGAACCAUCUUCCAAAUAUCACGACUGUUGUUGAGGAUUCUGCGGAGAGGAAGACGUUCCAUGUGCUGGGUUUGAUCGAUACGACGUAUGAUGGAGGGAAUUGCAGUAGGGCUUAUUAUGUUAGUGAAUUCCCGAUUCAGAAGAGGGCGGAUGGGACGAUUGAUUUCACGCCUAAGAAGGGGAAUUUGAUUGAGUAUAAUGAUAUUGAUAUCAAUCCUUUGGUGUCGCCGACGGAUAUUCCGUGCGAGUGAUGCAGGAACGUGGGGUCGAAUUGCUUGUAGAGUGAUGUUCAACAGCGGCGUGAAUGCGGCGGAAUGAUGAUCGCAUUACGAGGCGGUGUUGCGAGAGAAUCAGAUCCAUCAAGCGUUACGAAGUGAGACCCAGCGAGCUGUCUAGGCGAAUACGAAUGCAAGUCAGAGACAUGCUGGAGGUCUCUCAAAAAACUUUGUAUAUGGUAACUGAGCAACCGAUCUGAUGUGAAGCUGUAAGUCAAGCGAGUCGACCAGCGAAUGAUCGCAGGUCAAAUCAUCCGACACAUCCCUUUCUCAUGAACUUCGACAU